AUCUUAUUUUCGCCCCAGAGAAAUCCGACGUCAAUGAUGCUCUUUUGGAAAUUCUGUUGCAAUCCGUUCUGCUUUUGUUUGUUCUUUACCCAAGCAUAUGCCAUAAUUAAGAUGCUAAAGGGGUAUACUUUGUCCCAUUAUCUCCCGUCCGUUGUCCAUUCAGUUCGCUCUCCAUUCUACCUAGCUACAAGAUGAUGACAAGGUGCAUUUCGUUGCUGAUAGGCCUCCUGAUGGUAGCCGAAUGUUCUGCUUUUCUACCUCGCCACGGUACCUUCACCAACGGACGAUUGGCAUUGGAGCCCACAAUAACGCUGGAAGCAAGACGGCGGAACCGAAGCUCAGAAGAAGACGCAUCUGCAUCCGACAGCAGCAACAAGGAAAUCCCUCAGCUACCCUCGUUUGGAUCUUCUUCCUUUGAUGCUGCUGCCGCAGUGCAACGGAAGAUCUCGGGAGAGGACUCUCCAGACCAAGCUUUGAUGGGACGGAAAAUGCAGUUGCAGUAUACCUGCAAAGUGUGCGAAACCCGGAAUGUUCAUAAGGUCUCCAGAAUUGCCUACCAAAAGGGAGUGGUCAUUACUGUGUGCAAGGGCUGUAUGAGCCAGCAUUUGAUUUCGGACAAUCUGGGAUUCACGCAACAAUUUGAUGGCAACUUGGAAGAUUAUUUCAAGGAACAAGGAUCAGAAGAGUCUGUGCAACGAGUCUCCAAAGACGUCUUUAACCUGGAAAAAAUCAUGGGAGUGGAUACCACAUCUGGAUCCAUCUUGGGAGAAGACGGAACUGCACAGAUGGAAUAAUGGCUGUGGAUGGCCAGCAAUCUACAGAUUUGAGGAUUUGGUAGCCUUAGAACAGCAUUCGCAGUGUAGAGAGAGAGCGAGUUUGUGAG